GCCACAUAACCCCCUCACCAGAAGCUGUUCCAAUCCCCACCAACACCAACACCCCCACCAUCACCUACUACUACCAUUUCAACUACGACUACCAUCAACAAAUCAACAGCCAACUCAUGAUGCUAACGGAAACCAUCGAAGAAAUCGACCCGAUUCCAGCAGGGCCAGACCCAGGGCCAGGUCCAGACCCCACCACUGUCUUUGGGGACUCCCUCGCCACGAUAUUCUCCGACCCCCGCGUCCAGCACGGCGAGCCGGGUAGGUAUGUACUCUACAAGAGCGAGGAACUCGGCGACUUCAAACUGCGCCUUGCGGACCCAGAUCCGUCUCUUCAAAAUUUAUUUUCGCACUUUGUUUGGAAUGUGCUUUUUAUCCCACUCCCCCCCCCCCUUCCAAGCCAGUUGGGAUGAGAGAGCUGAUUGGGAAAUUGUGGAGCACGAUAGGCAGCCUUGCAAGCAUCUGAGUUGAUUACCACCACCGAGUUUAACGUUGCAGGGAAGAAGGUCCUGGAGGUUGGUGCGGGCGCGGGCUUGCCGGGGAUUAUCGCGGUUUAUUGUGAUGCGGAGGAGGUAUUUGUGUUGUCCGAAUUCUUUAUUACUGAGAUGGGAGCAUAUCUAAUGAGAGAGGCGGUGAUAGACUGUGAUAUCGGACUAUCCGGCCCCAGAAUUCCUCUCCAAUAUCCAGACUAACCUCGAGAUCAACCUUUCCAGGUCUCAACUGGCGAGGGCCUCGGUCGCUGGGCAUAAAUGGGGCCAGACUGAUGACGAACUAUGCACUGGUCGCGCUGGGGCAUUCGACAGGAUCGUUGCGGCGGAUUGCUUCUGGAUGGAAUCACAGCACGAAAACCUGGCAAAGUCCGUGAAGGCGCUUUUGGCUAGAGAUGGGGAGUUUCUCGCCAUUGCUGGUUUCCAUACUGGGCGGGACAAAGUCGCGGGAUUCUUUGAUGCUGCGGAGAGGGCGGGGUUGGUGAGCGUCAAAAUCACCGAGAAGGAUGUUGAGGGGGUAGGGAGGGAGUGGGUGAGAGACCGCGGACAGGAAGACCCCGUGGAGAGGAAGAGGUGGUUGGCUAUUGGUGUUUUCAAGCAUAGGGAUUCAUGAGCGAAAGUUGCUUUAUAGCAUCGUAUAGCCUUUUCACAUUUUAAUUUCACUCUCUAUUCCCAUGC